AUGGACAAUGGCAAGCGACAGCGUCAGAUGAGCCAGCGCUUGAAGGCUCAGGUGAAACGUAAUGCUAGAUACAGAAGAGGAAGGUAUAUGAUUCAAAAGAUUACUCAUCAAAUCGACAAUGGGCCAACUCAAGCUGGAUCAUCUGUUUCACCCCUAGUCCCUACUCCAGGCUCAACAUCACCUGGCAUCACUGGCUCCGAGUCGGUGGACGACACGACACCGGCGUCUUGGCCCAGCAAUAUUGACAGUGACAUCUCAAUAUAUACAGACAGCGGCUUGCACAAGGUACGCAAUACAGUCGACCUACCACUACGUGAGAAUCCCCAGCACUUCCUCUUUGGACAUACUUUUCGCGAAACGCUAAACGUCAACCUCGAUGGCGAGGAGGAUCUCCGUUUCCUCAUGACCUACAAGGACUACGUAUUUCCACUUCUUCACCCAUUCUAUCACACUUCGUUCUUUGAAGGCGGGCAUACCUGGCUUCUGGUUGCUGCCUUCAGAAACCCCGAGUCAAGACAGUUGAUCGUGAGCCUUGUCACGUACUUCUUCUCAGUCGUACCUCUGGUUCCUGGCGCCGGAAAUACCUCAUGUUCGGCCUUUACCUGGGAACAGGUUCAAAGGAAAUCGGAGCAAGCUUUCAAGGGAAUGCAGCAUAGGGUUGAGAUGCUUGGCGUCGCCGCGAAUCUAUGGGAGAGAACGCAUCUCUUUGGAGACAUCAUGCUAUUACUCGAGUUCGAAACCAUGACUCAGUACUCCCAAGCAUGGAGACCUCAUUUAGAUGCUGCGUUGAUACUCUUUAAGCAAAUCCUCGACUCGCCAGAAAUAAGGCAUGUUGUGUGGCGUUUAACCUUUGAUCCAAUGGACAUGUCGGCGCAGGAGGCGAGCAAAAUUGAUGGCUCGGGCAUCAACUUGUUUUCUUCUACACAAGUGGCUUUGCGCUUUUUCGCUGCCAAGAUCAUUCUCGCCGACAUCAUAUCUAGUAGUGUACUUGAGCAAGUACCACGUCUCAACGACUAUUACGAAAAGUUGAUAUCAGGUCAAGUUGACGACAAUCUGAGCAUGAAAGAUGUGACUGGGUGUGAGAACUGGGUUUUUCUCAACAUUGCAGACACAGUGGCCCUCGACGCCUGGAAGAAAGAGACAAAAAGGAAGGGGAACUUCUCCUUCAUGAAUUUAGUCCAAAGGGCAGGCAAGAUUGUCGAAAAGCUUGAUCAGGGCCUGGCUAUACUGAACGAUGAAGAGAGUCGAGCGCAAAACGCUCCUCAUCAGCGACGCGAGGUUUUCGCAGAGUACACUCUGCUACGAACCAUGCGUCCUCCGCCCGACGCUUAUUAUGCCAUUACUCGGAUAUGGGCCACCGCUGCCAGACUUUAUCUCAUCGUUGUACUCUCCGGUUGGAGCACCGAAACCAACGAAGUUAUUGAGCUCGUGUCUAGUAACCUCAAGUUACUAAAAGACUUGAGUAAACCGAGCUGGCUGAUGACCUUGGCCUGGCCCUUCUGCGUUACAGGCUGCUUGGUGUCCGAAAGUCAGGAAUCGGUAGUGGAGAGCAUCUUUGACAGAACGAAGCCACUGAGUAACGUAGGCGGAUUGACUGAGGCUAUGAAGAUCGUUCGAGAGACGUGGAAACGGCGAGGGUCGUUGAACCACGAGUGGGACAUGGCGGCUUGCUUUAAGAGUUUGGAUGAUAUUCCGUUGCUCGUUUGA